AAUUAAAAUCGAAUAAACAUAAAAAUACCACUACGUAUCAUUAAUUCAGAAGUAACGUAGCUGCUAUGAAGUGAAAGAAAAAUGAAAGUGCUGUGGGCUAUAUUCUUUUUCAAUUUGAUUUACUGGCUGGAAGCUAAAGUAUUAAUAGACUGUCAUAAUCGGGGCUUUCUUUGCUAUGAUGAAACUCAUUUUUAUCAAUGUGUGGAAGUUGGCGAAACGACUAUGAUUAUUGGAUUACCUCAGGAAUGUCCUCCAGGUUUAGUUUGUAAUAACAAUUCAGAUUUGGAAUGUGAUGAACCUUGGCCUGAAACAACUACAAAAGAAGCUAACAUUACAAGCACGUCAAAAGAAAUUACGUCGACCGCAAGCCCAACAGUUACAGAAACUACGAGUUCUAGCGAAACUACGUCGACUGCAAGCCCAACAGUUACAGAAACUACGAGUUCUAGCGAAACUACGUCGACUGCAAGCCCAACAGUUACAGAAACUACGAGUUCUAGCGAAACUACGUCGACUGCAAGCCCAACAGUAACUGAAUCGACGAGUUCUAGCGAAACUACGUCGACUGCAAGCCCAACAGUUACAGAAACUACGAGUUCUAGCGAAACUACGUCGACUGCAAGCCCAACAGUAACUGAAUCGACGAGUUCUAGCGAAACUACGUCGACUGCAAGCCCAACAGUAACUGAAUCGACGAGUUCUAGCGAAACUACGUCGAAUGCAAGCCCAACAGUUACAGAAACUACGAGUUCUAGCGAAAUUACGUCGACUGCAAGCCCAACAGUUACAGAAACUACGAGUUCUAGCGAAACUACGUCGACUGCAAGCCCAACAGUAACUGAAUCGACGAGUUCUAGCGAAACUACGUCGACUGCAAGCCCAACAGUUACAGAAACUACGAGUUCUAGCGAAACUACGUCGACUGCAAGCCCAACAGUAACUGAAUCGACGAGUUCUAGCGAAACUACGUCGAAUGCAAGCCCAACAGUUACAGAAACUACGAGUUCUAGCGAAAUUACGUCGACUGCAAGCCCAACAGUUACAGAAACUACGAGUUCUAGCGAAACUAUGUCGACUGCAAGCCCAACAGUUACAGAAACAACGAGUUCUAGCGAAACUACGUCGACUGCAAGCCCAACAGUUACAGAAACUACGAGUUCUAGCGAAACUAUGUCGACUACAAGCCCAACAGUUACAGAAACUACGAGUUCUAGCGAAACUACGUCGACUGCAAGCCCAACAGUUACAGAAACUACGAGUUCUAGCGAAACUACGUCGACUGCAAGCCCAACAGUAACUGAAUCGACGAGUUCUAGCGAAACUACGUCGACUGCAAGCCCAACAGUUACAGAAACUACGAGUUCUAGCGAAACUACGUCGACUGCAAGCCCAACAGUAACUGAAUCGACGAGUUCUAGCGAAACUACGUCGACUGCAAGCCCAACAGUAACUGAAUCGACGAGUUCUAGCGAAACUACGUCGAAUGCAAGCCCAACAGUUACAGAAACUACGAGUUCUAGCGAAAUUACGUCGACUGCAAGCCCAACAGUUACAGAAACUACGAGUUCUAGCGAAACUACGUCGACUGCAAGCCCAACAGUAACUGAAUCGACGAGUUCUAGCGAAACUACGUCGACUGCAAGCCCAACAGUUACAGAAACUACGAGUUCUAGCGAAACUACGUCGACUGCAAGCCCAACAGUAACUGAAUCGACGAGUUCUAGCGAAACUACGUCGAAUGCAAGCCCAACAGUUACAGAAACUACGAGUUCUAGCGAAAUUACGUCGACUGCAAGCCCAACAGUUACAGAAACUACGAGUUCUAGCGAAACUAUGUCGACUGCAAGCCCAACAGUUACAGAAACAACGAGUUCUAGCGAAACUACGUCGACUGCAAGCCCAACAGUUACAGAAACUACGAGUUCUAGCGAAACUAUGUCGACUACAAGCCCAACAGUUACAGAAACUACGAGUUCUAGCGAAACUACGUCGACUGCAAGCCCAACAGUUACAGAAACUACGAGUUCUAGCGAAACUACGUCGACUGCAAGCCCAACAGUAACUGAAUCGACGAGUUCUAGCGAAACUACGUCGACUGCAAGCCCAACAGUUACAGAAACUACGAGUUCUAGCGAAACUACGUCGACUGCAAGCCCAACAGUAACUGAAUCGACGAGUUCUAGCGAAACUACGUCGACUGCAAGCCCAACAGUAACUGAAUCGACGAGUUCUAGCGAAACUACGUCGAAUGCAAGCCCAACAGUUACAGAAACUACGAGUUCUAGCGAAAUUACGUCGACUGCAAGCCCAACAGUUACAGAAACUACGAGUUCUAGCGAAACUACGUCGACUGCAAGCCCAACAGUAACUGAAUCGACGAGUUCUAGCGAAACUACGUCGACUGCAAGCCCAACAGUUACAGAAACUACGAGUUCUAGCGAAACUACGUCGACUGCAAGCCCAACAGUAACUGAAUCGACGAGUUCUAGCGAAACUACGUCGACUGCAAGCCCAACAGUUACAGAAACUACGAGUUCUAGCGAAACUACGUCGACUGCAAGCCCAACAGUAACUGAAUCGACGAGUUCUAGCGAAACUACGUCGACUGCAAGCCCAACAGUAACUGAAUCGACGAGUUCUAGCGAAACUACGUCGAAUGCAAGCCCAACAGUUACAGAAACUACGAGUUCUAGCGAAACUACGUCGACUGCAAGCCCAACAGUAACUGAAUCGACGAGUUCUAGCGAAACUACGUCGACUGCAAGCCCAACAGUUACAGAAACUACGAGUUCUAGCGAAACUACGUCGACUGCAAGCCCAACAGUAACUGAAUCGACGAGUUCUAGCGAAACUACGUCGACUGCAAGCCCAACAGUAACUGAAUCGACGAGUUCUAGCGAAACUACGUCGAAUGCAAGCCCAACAGUUACAGAAACUACGAGUUCUAGCGAAAUUACGUCGACUGCAAGCCCAAGAGUUACAGAAACUACGAGUUCUAGCGAAACUAUGUCGACUGCAAGCCCAACAGUUACAGAAACAACGAGUUCUAGCGAAACUACGUCGACUGCAAGCCCAACAGUUACAGAAACUACGAGUUCUAGCGAAACUAUGUCGACUACAAGCCCAACAGUUACAGAAACUACGAGUUCUAGCGAAACUACGUCGACUGCAAGCCCAACAGUUACAGAAACUACGAGUUCUAGCGAAACUACGUCGACUGCAAGCCCAACAGUAACUGAAUCGACGAGUUCUAGCGAAACUACGUCGACUGCAAGCCCAACAGUUACAGAAACUACGAGUUCUAGCGAAACUACGUCGACUGCAAGCCCAACAGUAACUGAAUCGACGAGUUCUAGCGAAACUACGUCGACUGCAAGCCCAACAGUUACAGAAACUACGAGUUCUAGCGAAACUACGUCGACUGCAAGCCCAACAGUAACUGAAUCGACGAGUUCUAGCGAAACUACGUCGACUGCAAGCCCAACAGUAACUGAAUCGACGAGUUCUAGCGAAACUACGUCGAAUGCAAGCCCAACAGUUACAGAAACUACGAGUUCUAGCGAAAUUACGUCGACUGCAAGCCCAACAGUUACAGAAACUACGAGUUCUAGCGAAACUACGUCGACUGCAAGCCCAACAGUAACUGAAUCGACGAGUUCUAGCGAAACUACGUCGACUGCAAGCCCAACAGUUACAGAAACUACGAGUUCUAGCGAAACUACGUCGACUGCAAGCCCAACAGUAACUGAAUCGACGAGUUCUAGCGAAACUACGUCGACUGCAAGCCCAACAGUUACAGAAACUACGAGUUCUAGCGAAACUACGUCGACUGCAAGCCCAACAGUAACUGAAUCGACGAGUUCUAGCGAAACUACGUCGACUGCAAGCCCAACAGUAACUGAAUCGACGAGUUCUAGCGAAACUACGUCGAAUGCAAGCCCAACAGUUACAGAAACUACGAGUUCUAGCGAAAUUACGUCGACUGCAAGCCCAAGAGUUACAGAAACUACGAGUUCUAGCGAAACUAUGUCGACUGCAAGCCCAACAGUUACAGAAACAACGAGUUCUAGCGAAACUACGUCGACUGCAAGCCCAACAGUUACAGAAACUACGAGUUCUAGCGAAACUAUGUCGACUACAAGCCCAACAGUUACAGAAACUACGAGUUCUAGCGAAACUACGUCGACUGCAAGCCCAACAGUUACAGAAACUACGAGUUCUAGCGAAACUACGUCGACUGCAAGCCCAACAGUAACUGAAUCGACGAGUUCUAGCGAAACUACGUCGACUGCAAGCCCAACAGUUACAGAAACUACGAGUUCUAGCGAAACUACGUCGACUGCAAGCCCAACAGUAACUGAAUCGACGAGUUCUAGCGAAACUACGUCGACUGCAAGCCCAACAGUAACUGAAUCGACGAGUUCUAGCGAAACUACGUCGAAUGCAAGCCCAACAGUUACAGAAACUACGAGUUCUAGCGAAAUUACGUCGACUGCAAGCCCAACAGUUACAGAAACUACGAGUUCUAGCGAAACUACGUCGACUGCAAGCCCAACAGUAACUGAAUCGACGAGUUCUAGCGAAACUACGUCGACUGCAAGCCCAACAGUUACAGAAACUACGAGUUCUAGCGAAACUACGUCGACUGCAAGCCCAACAGUAACUGAAUCGACGAGUUCUAGCGAAACUACGUCGACUGCAAGCCCAACAGUUACAGAAACUACGAGUUCUAGCGAAACUACGUCGACUGCAAGCCCAACAGUAACUGAAUCGACGAGUUCUAGCGAAACUAAGUCGACUGCAAGCCCAACAGUUACAGAAACUACGAGUUCUAGCGAAACUACGUCGACUGCAAGCCCAACAGUAACUGAAUCGACGAGUUCUAGCGAAACUACGUCGACUGCAAGUCCAACAGUAACUGAAUCGACGAGUUCUAGCGAAACUACGUCGAAUGCAAGCCCAACAGUUACAGAAACUACGAGUUCUAGCGAAAUUACGUCGACUGCAAGCCCAACAGUUACAGAAACUACGAGUUCUAGCGAAACUAUGUCGACUGCAAGCCCAACAGUAACUGAAUCGACGAGUUCUAGCGAAACUACGUCGACUGCAAGCCCAACAGUUACAGAAACCACGAGUUCUAGCGAAACUAUGUCGACUGCAAGCCCAACAGUAACUGAAUCGACGAGUUCUAGCGAAACUACGUCGACUGCAAGCCCAACAGUUACAGAAACCACGAGUUCUAGCGAAACUAUGUCGACUGCAAGCCCAACAGUUACAGAAACUACGAGUUCUAGCGAAACUACGUCGACUGCAAGCCCAACAGUAACUGAAUCGACGAGUUCUAGCGAAACUAAGUCGACUGCAAGCCCAACAGUUACAGAAACUACGAGUUCUAGCGAAACUACGUCGACUGCAAGCCCAACAGUAACUGAAUCGACGAGUUCUAGCGAAACUACGUCGACUGCAAGCCCAACAGUUACAGAAACUACGAGUUCUAGCGAAACUAUGUCGACUGCAAGCCCAACAGUUACAGAAACUACGAGUUCUAGCGAAACUACGUCGACUGCAAGCCCAACAGUUACAGAAACUACGAGUUCUAGCGAAACUACGUCGACUGCAAGCCCAACAGUAACUGAAUCGACGAGUUCUAGCGAAACUACGUCGACUGCAAGCCCAACAGUUACAGAAACUACGAGUUCUAGCGAAACUACGUCGACUGCAAGCCCAACAGUAACUGAAUCGACGAGUUCUAGCGAAACUACGUCGACUGCAAGCCCAACAGUUACAGAAACUACGAGUUCUAGCGAAACUACGUCGACUGCAAGCCCAACAGUAACUGAAUCGACGAGUUCUAGCGAAACUACGUCGACUGCAAGCCCAACAGUUACAGAAACUACGAGUUCUAGCGAAACUACGUCGACUGCAAGCCCAACAGUAACUGAAUCGACGAGUUCUAGCGAAACUAAGUCGACUGCAAGCCCAACAGUUACAGAAACUACGAGUUCUAGCGAAACUACGUCGACUGCAAGCCCAACAGUAACUGAAUCGACGAGUUCUAGCGAAACUACGUCGACUGCAAGUCCAACAGUAACUGAAUCGACGAGUUCUAGCGAAACUACGUCGAAUGCAAGCCCAACAGUUACAGAAACUACGAGUUCUAGCGAAAUUACGUCGACUGCAAGCCCAACAGUUACAGAAACUACGAGUUCUAGCGAAACUAUGUCGACUGCAAGCCCAACAGUUACAGAAACUACGAGUUCUAGCGAAACUACGUCGACUGCAAGCCCAACAGUUACAGAAACCACGAGUUCUAGCGAAACUAUGUCGACUGCAAGCCCAACAGUUACAGAAACUACGAGUUCUAGCGAAACUACGUCGACUGCAAGCCCAACAGUAACUGAAUCGACGAGUUCUAGCGAAACUAAGUCGACUGCAAGCCCAACAGUUACAGAAACUACGAGUUCUAGCGAAACUACGUCGACUGCAAGCCCAACAGUAACUGAAUCGACGAGUUCUAGCGAAACUACGUCGACUGCAAGCCCAACAGUUACAGAAACUACGAGUUCUAGCGAAACUAUGUCGACUGCAAGCCCAACAGUUACAGAAACUACGAGUUCUAGCGAAACUACGUCGACUGCAAGCCCAACAGUUACAGAAACUACGAGUUCUAGCGAAACUACGUCGACUGCAAGCCCAACAGUAACUGAAUCGACGAGUUCUAGCGAAACUACGUCGACUGCAAGCCCAACAGUUACAGAAACUACGAGUUCUAGCGAAACUACGUCGACUGCAAGCCCAACAGUAACUGAAUCGACGAGUUCUAGCGAAACUACGUCGACUGCAAGCCCAACAGUAACUGAAUCGACGAGUUCUAGCGAAACUACGUCGAAUGCAAGCCCAACAGUUACAGAAACUACGAGUUCUAGCGAAAUUACGUUGACUGCAAGCCCAACAGUUACAGAAACUACGAGUUCUAGCGAAACUAUGUCGACUGCAAGCCCAACAGUUACAGAAACUACGAGUUCUAGCGAAAUUACGUCGACUGCAAGCCCAACAGUUACAGAAACUACGAGUUCUAGCGAAACUACGUCGACUGCAAGCCCAACAGUAACUGAAUCGACGAGUUCUAGCGAAACUACGUCGACUGCAAGCCCAACAGUUACAGAAACUACGAGUUCUAGCGAAACUACGUCGACUGCAAGCCCAACAGUAACUGAAUCGACGAGUUCUAGCGAAACUACGUCGACUGCAAGCCCAACAGUAACUGAAUCGACGAGUUCUAGCGAAACUACGUCGAAUGCAAGCCCAACAGUUACAGAAACUACGAGUUCUAGCGAAAUUACGUCGACUGCAAGCCCAACAGUUACAGAAACUACGAGUUCUAGCGAAACUACGUCGACUGCAAGCCCAACAGUAACUGAAUCGACGAGUUCUAGCGAAACUACGUCGACUGCAAGCCCAACAGUUACAGAAACUACGAGUUCUAGCGAAACUACGUCGACUGCAAGCCCAACAGUAACUGAAUCGACGAGUUCUAGCGAAACUACGUCGACUGCAAGCCCAACAGUUACAGAAACUACGAGUUCUAGCGAAACUACGUCGACUGCAAGCCCAACAGUAACUGAAUCGACGAGUUCUAGCGAAACUACGUCGAAUGCAAGCCCAACAGUUACAGAAACUACGAGUUCUAGCGAAAUUACGUCGACUGCAAGCCCAACAGUUACAGAAACUACGAGUUCUAGCGAAACUAUGUCGACUGCAAGCCCAACAGUUACAGAAACUACGAGUUCUAGCGAAACUACGUCGACUGCAAGCCCAACAGUUACAGAAACCACGAGUUCUAGCGAAACUAUGUCGACUGCAAGCCCAACAGUUACAGAAACUACGAGUUCUAGCGAAACUACGUCGACUGCAAGCCCAACAGUAACUGAAUCGACGAGUUCUAGCGAAACUACGUCGACUGCAAGCCCAACAGUUACAGAAACUACGAGUUCUAGCGAAACUAUGUCGACUGCAAGCCCAACAGUUACAGAAACUACGAGUUCUAGCGAAACUACGUCGACUGCAAGCCCAACAGUUACAGAAACUACGAGUUCUAGCGAAACUACGUCGACUGCAAGCCCAACAGUAACUGAAUCGACGAGUUCUAGCGAAACUACGUCGACUGCAAGCCCAACAGUUACAGAAACUACGAGUUCUAGCGAAACUACGUCGACUGCAAGCCCAACAGUAACUGAAUCGACGAGUUCUAGCGAAACUACGUCGACUGCAAGCCCAACAGUAACUGAAUCGACGAGUUCUAGCGAAACUACGUCGAAUGCAAGCCCAACAGUUACAGAAACUACGAGUUCUAGCGAAAUUACGUCGACUGCAAGCCCAACAGUUACAGAAACUACGAGUUCUAGCGAAACUAUGUCGACUGCAAGCCCAACAGUUACAGAAACUACGAGUUCUAGCGAAACUACGUCGACUGCAAGCCCAACAGUUACAGAAACUACGAGUUCUAGCGAAACUAUGUCGACUGCAAGCCCAACAGUUACAGAAACUACGAGUUCUAGCGAAACUACGUCGACUGCAAGCCCAACAGUAACUGAAUCGACGAGUUCUAGCGAAACUACGUCGACUGCAAGCCCAACAGUAACUGAAUCGACGAGUUCUAGCGAAACUACGUCGAAUGCAAGCCCAACAGUUACAGAAACUACGAGUUCUAGCGAAAUUACGUCGACUGCAAGCCCAACAGUUACAGAAACUACGAGUUCUAGCGAAACUAUGUCGACUGCAAGCCCAACAGUUACAGAAACUACGAGUUCUAGCGAAACUACGUCGACUGCAAGCCCAACAGUUACAGAAACUACGAGUUCUAGCGAAUCUAUGUCGACUGCAAGCCCAACAGUUACAGAAACUACGAGUUCUAGCGAAACUACGUCGACUGCAAGCCCAACAGUAACUGAAUCGACGAGUUCUAGCGAAACUACGUCGACUGCAAGCCCAACAGUAACUGAAUCGACGAGUUCUAGCGAAACUACGUCGAAUGCAAGCCCAACAGUUACAGAAACUACGAGUUCUAGCGAAAUUACGUCGACUGCAAGCCCAACAGUUACAGAAACUACGAGUUCUAGCGAAACUACGUCGACUGCAAGCCCAACAGUUACAGAAACUACGAGUUCUAGCGAAACUAUGUCGACUGCAAGCCCAACAGUUACAGAAACUACGAGUUCUAGCGAAACUACGUCGACUGCAAGCCCAACAGUAACUGAAUCGACGAGUUCUAGCGAAACUACGUCGACUGCAAGCCCAACAGUAACUGAAUCGACGAGUUCUAGCGAAACUACGUCGACUGCAAGCCCAACAGUUACAGAAACUACGAGUUCUAGCGAAACUACGUCGACUGCAAGCCCAACAGUAACUGAAUCGACGAGUUCUAGCGAAACUACGUCGAAUGCAAGCCCAACAGUUACAGAAACUACGAGUUCUAGCGAAAUUACGUCGACUGCAAGCCCAACAGUUACAGAAACUACGAGUUCUAGCGAAACUAUGUCGACUGCAAGCCCAACAGUUACAGAAACUACGAGUUCUAGCGAAACUACGUCGACUGCAAGCCCAACAGUUACAGAAACUACGAGUUCUAGCGAAACUAUGUCGACUGCAAGCCCAACAGUUACAGAAACUACGAGUUCUAGCGAAACUACGUCGACUGCAAGCCCAACAGUUACAGAAACUACGAGUUCUAGCGAAACUACGUCGACUGCAAGCCCAACAGUUACAGAAACUACGAGUUCUAGCGAAACUACGUCGACUGCAAGCCCAACAGUUACAGAAACUACGAGUUCUAGCGAAACUACGUCGACUGCAAGCCCAACAGUUACAGAAACUACGAGUUCUAGCGAAACUACGUCGACUGCAAGCCCAACAGUUACAGAAACUACGAGUUCUAGCGAAACUACGUCGACUGCAAGCCCAACAGUAACUGAAUCGACGAGUUCUAGCGAAACUACGUCGACUGCAAGCCCAACAGUUACAGAAACUACGAGUUCUAGCGAAAUUACGUCGACUGCAAGCCCAACAGUUACAGAAACUACGAGUUCUAGCAAAACUACGUCGACUGCAAGCCCAACAGUAACUGAAUCGACGAGUUCUAGCGAAACUACGUCGAAUGCAAGCCCAACAGUUACAGAAACUACGAGUUCUAGCGAAAUUACGUCGACUGCAAGCCCAACAGUUACAGAAACUACGAGUUCUAGCGAAACUACGUCGACUGCAAGCCCAACAGUAACUGAAUCGACGAGUUCUAGCGAAACUACGUCGACUGCAAGCCCAACAGUUACAGAAACUACGAGUUCUAGCGAAACUACGUCGACUGCAAGCCCAACAGUAACUGAAUCGACGAGUUCUAGCGAAACUACGUCGACUGCAAGCCCAACAGUAACUGAAUCGACGAGUUCUAGCGAAACUACGUCGAAUGCAAGCCCAACAGUUACAGAAACUACGAGUUCUAGCGAAAUUACGUCGACUGCAAGCCCAACAGUUACAGAAACUACGAGUUCUAGCGAAACUAUGUCGACUGCAAGCCCAACAGUUACAGAAACUACGAGUUCUAGCGAAACUACGUCGACUGCAAGCCCAACAGUUACAGAAACUACGAGUUCUAGCGAAACUAUGUCGACUGCAAGCCCAACAGUUACAGAAACUACGAGUUCUAGCGAAACUACGUCGACUGCAAGCCCAACAGUAACUGAAUCGACGAGUUCUAGCGAAACUACGUCGACUGCAAGCCCAACAGUAACUGAAUCGACGAGUUCUAGCGAAACUACGUCGACUGCAAGCCCAACAGUUACAGAAACUACGAGUUCUAGCGAAACUACGUCGACUGCAAGCCCAACAGUAACUGAAUCGACGAGUUCUAGCGAAACUACGUCGACUGCAAGCCCAACAGUAACUGAAUCGACGAGUUCUAGCGAAACUACGUCGAAUGCAAGCCCAACAGUUACAGAAACUACGAGUUCUAGCGAAAUUACGUCGACUGCAAGCCCAACAGUUACAGAAACUACGAGUUCUAGCGAAACUAUGUCGACUGCAAGCCCAACAGUUACAGAAACUACGAGUUCUAGCGAAACUACGUCGACUGCAAGCCCAACAGUUACAGAAACUACGAGUUCUAGCGAAACUAUGUCGACUGCAAGCCCAACAGUUACAGAAACUACGAGUUCUAGCGAAACUACGUCGACUGCAAGCCCAACAGUAACUGAAUCGACGAGUUCUAGCGAAACUACGUCGACUGCAAGCCCAACAGUUACAGAAACUACGAGUUCUAGCGAAACUAUGUCGACUGCAAGCCCAACAGUUACAGAAACUACGAGUUCUAGCGAAACUACGUCGACUGCAAGCCCAACAGUUACAGAAACUACGAGUUCUAGCGAAACUACGUCGACUGCAAGCCCAACAGUUACAGAAACUACGAGUUCUAGCAAAACUACGUCGACUGCAAGCCCAACAGUUACAGAAACUACGAGUUCUAGCGAAACUAUGUCGACUGCAAGCCCAACAGUUACAGAAACUACGAGUUCUAGCGAAACUACGUCGACUGCAAGCCCAACAGUAACUGAAUCGACGAGUUCUAGCGAAACUACGUCGACUGCAAGCCCAACAGUUACAGAAACUACGAGUUCUAGCGAAACUACGUCGACUGCAAGCCCAACAGUAACUGAAUCGACGAGUUCUAGCGAAACUACGUCGACUGCAAGCCCAACAGUUACAGAAACUACGAGUUCUAGCGAAACUACGUCGACUGCAAGUCCAACAGUUACAGAAACUACGAGUUCUAGCGAAACUACGUCGACUGCAAGCCCAACAGUAACUGAAUCGACGAGUUCUAGCGAAACUACGUCGAAUGCAAGCCCAACAGUUACAGAAACUACGAGUUCUAGCGAAAUUACGUCGACUGCAAGCCCAACAGUUACAGAAACUACGAGUUCUAGCGAAACUAUGUCGACUGCAAGCCCAACAGUUACAGAAACUACGAGUUCUAGCGAAACUACGUCGACUGCAAGCCCAACAGUUACAGAAACCACGAGUUCUAGCGAAACUAUGUCGACUGCAAGCCCAACAGUUACAGAAACUACGAGUUCUAGCGAAACUACGUCGACUGCAAGCCCAACAGUAACUGAAUCGACGAGUUCUAGCGAAACUACGUCGACUGCAAGCCCAACAGUUACAGAAACUACGAGUUCUAGCGAAACUACGUCGACUGCAAGCCCAACAGUAACUGAAUCGACGAGUUCUAGCGAAACUACGUCGACUGCAAGCCCAACAGUUACAGAAACUACGAGUUCUAGCGAAACUACGUCGACUGCAAGCCCAACAGUUACAGAAACUACGAGUUCUAGCGAAACUACGUCGACUGCAAGCCCAACAGUUACAGAAACUACGAGUUCUAGCGAAACUACGUCGACUGCAAGCCCAACAGUUACAGAAACUACGAGUUCUAGCGAAACUACGUCGACUGCAAGCCCAACAGUUACAGAAACUACGAGUUCUAGCGAAACUAAGUCGACUGCAAGCCCAACAGUAACUGAAUCGACGAGUUCUAGCGAAACUACGUCGACUGCAAGCCCAACAGUUACAGAAACUACGAGUUCUAGCGAAACUACGUCGACUGCAAGCCCAACAGUUACAGAAACUACGAGUUCUAGCGAAACUACGUCGACUGCAAACCCAACAGUAACUGAAUCGACGAGUUCUAGCGAAACUACGUCGACUGCAAGCCCAACAGUUACAGAAACUACGAGUUCUAGCGAAACUACGUCGACUGCAAGCCCAACAGUUACAGAAACUACGAGUUCUAGCGAAACUACGUCGACUGCAAGCCCAACAGUUACAGAAACUACGAGUUCUAGCGAAACUACGUCGACUGCAAGCCCAACAGUUACAGAAACUACGAGUUCUAGCGAAACUACGUCGACUGCAAGCCCAACAGUUACAGAAACUACGAGUUCUAGCGAAACUACGUCGACUGCAAGCCCAACAGUUACAGAAACUACGAGUUCUAGCGAAACUACGUCGACUGCAAGCCCAACAGUUACAGAAACUACGAGUUCUAGCGAAACUACGUCGACUGCAAGCCCAACAGUUACAGAAACUACGAGUUCUAGCGAAACUACGUCGACUGCAAGCCCAACAGUAACUGAAUCGACGAGUUUCAGCGAAACUACGUCGACUGCAAGCCCAACAGUAACUGAAUCGACGAGUUCUAGCGAAACUACGUCGACUGCAAGCCCAACAGUUACAGAAACUACGAGUUCUAGCGAAACUACGUCGACUGCAAGCCCAACAGUUACAGAAACUACGAGUUCUAGCGAAACUACGUCGACUGCAAGCCCAACAGUUACAGAAACUACGAGUUCUAGCGAAACUACGUCGACUGCAAGCCCAACAGUUACAGAAACUACGAGUUCUAGCGAAACUACGUCGACUGCAAGCCCAACAGUUACAGAAACUACGAGUUCUAGCGAAACUACGUCGACUGCAAGCCCAACAGUUACAGAAACUACGAGUUCUAGCGAAACUACGUCGACUGCAAACCCAACAGUAACUGAAUCGACGAGUUCUAGCGAAACUACGUCGACUGCAAGCCCAACAGUUACAGAAACUACGAGUUCUAGCGAAACUACGUCGACUGCAAGCCCAACAGUUACAGAAACUACGAGUUCUAGCGAAACUACGUCGACUGCAAUCCCAACAGUAACUGAAUCGACGAGUUCUAGCGAAACUACGUCGACUGCAAGCCCAACAGUUACAGAAACUACGAGUUCUAGCGAAACUACGUCGACUGCAAACCCAACAGUAACUGAAUCGACGAGUUCUAGCGAAACUACGUCGACUGCAAGCCCAACAGUUACAGAAACUACGAGUUCUAGCGAAACUACGUCGACUGCAAGCCCAACAGUUACAGAAACUACGAGUUCUAGCGAAACUACGUCGACUGCAAGCCCAACAGUUACAGAAACUACGAGUUCUAGCGAAACUACGUCGACUGCAAGCCCAACAGUUACAGAAACUACGAGUUCUAGCGAAACUACGUCGACUGCAAGCCCAACAGUUACAGAAACUACGAGUUCUAGCGAAACUACGUCGACUGCAAGCCCAACAGUUACAGAAACUACGAGUUCUAGCGAAACUACGUCGACUGCAAGCCCAACAGUAACUGAAUCGACGAGUUCUAGCGAAACUACGUCGACUGCAAGCCCAACAGUUACAGAAACUACGAGUUCUAGCGAAACUACGUCGACUGCAAGCCCAACAGUUACAGAAACUACGAGUUCUAGCGAAACUACGUCGACUGCAAGCCCAACAGUUACAGAAACUACGAGUUCUAGCGAAACUACGUCGACUGCAAGCCCAACAGUUACAGAAACUACGAGUUCUAGCGAAACUACGUCGACUGCAAGCCCAACAGUUACAGAAACUACGAGUUCUAGCGAAACUACGUCGACUGCAAGCCCAACAGUUACAGAAACUACGAGUUCUAGCGAAACUACGUCGACUGCAAGCCCAACAGUAACUGAAUCGACGAGUUCUAGCGAAACUACGUCGACUGCAAGCCCAACAGUUACAGAAACUACGAGUUCUAGCGAAACUACGUUGACUGCAAGCCCAACAGUAACUGAAUCGACGAGUUCUAGCGAAACUACGUCGACUGCAAGCCCAACAGUUACAGAAACUACGAGUUCUAGCGAAACUACGUCGACUGCAAGCCCAACAGUUACAGAAACUACGAGUUCUAGCGAAACUACGUCGACUGCAAGCCCAACAGUUACAGAAACUACGAGUUCUAGCGAAACUACGUCGACUGCAAGCCCAACAGUUACAGAAACUACGAGUUCUAGCGAAACUACGUCGACUGCAAGCCCAACAGUUACAGAAACUACGAGUUCUAGCGAAACUACGUCGACUGCAAGCCCAACAGUUACAGAAACUACGAGUUCUAGCGAAACUACGUCGACUGCAAGCCCAACAGUAACUGAAUCGACGAGUUCUAGCGAAACUACGUCGACUGCAAGCCCAACAGUUACAGAAACUACGAGUUCUAGCGAAACUACGUCGACUGCAAGCCCAACAGUAACUGAAUCGACGAGUUCUAGCGAAACUACGUCGACUGCAAGCCCAACAGUUACAGAAACUACGAGUUCUAGCGAAACUACGUCGACUGCAAGCCCAACAGUUACAGAAACUACGAGUUCUAGCGAAACUACGUCGACUGCAAGCCCAACAGUUACAGAAACUACGAGUUCUAGCGAAACUAAGUCGACUGCAAGCCCAACAGUAACUGAAUCGACGAGUUCUAGCGAAACUACGUCGACUGCAAGCCCAACAGUUACAGAAACUACGAGUUCUAGCGAAACUACGUCGACUGCAAGCCCAACAGUUACAGAAACUACGAGUUCUAGCGAAACUACGUCGACUGCAAACCCAACAGUAACUGAAUCGACGAGUUCUAGCGAAACUACGUCGACUGCAAGCCCAACAGUUACAGAAACUACGAGUUCUAGCGAAACUACGUCGACUGCAAGCCCAACAGUUACAGAAACUACGAGUUCUAGCGAAACUACGUCGACUGCAAGCCCAACAGUUACAGAAACUACGAGUUCUAGCGAAACUACGUCGACUGCAAGCCCAACAGUUACAGAAACUACGAGUUCUAGCGAAACUACGUCGACUGCAAGCCCAACAGUUACAGAAACUACGAGUUCUAGCGAAACUACGUCGACUGCAAGCCCAACAGUUACAGAAACUACGAGUUCUAGCGAAACUACGUCGACUGCAAGCCCAACAGUUACAGAAACUACGAGUUCUAGCGAAACUACGUCGACUGCAAGCCCAACAGUUACAGAAACUACGAGUUCUAGCGAAACUACGUCGACUGCAAGCCCAACAGUUACAGAAACUACGAGUUCUAGCGAAACUACGUCGACUGCAAGCCCAACAGUUACAGAAACUACGAGUUCUAGCGAAACUACGUCGACUGCAAGCCCAACAGUUACAGAAACUACGAGUUCUAGCGAAACUACGUCGACUGCAAGCCCAACAGUUACAGAAACUACGAGUUCUAGCGAAACUACGUCGACUGCAAGCCCAACAGUAACUGAAUCGACGAGUUUCAGCGAAACUACGUCGACUGCAAGCCCAACAGUAACUGAAUCGACGAGUUCUAGCGAAACUACGUCGACUGCAAGCCCAACAGUUACAGAAACUACGAGUUCUAGCGAAACUACGUCGACUGCAAGCCCAACAGUUACAGAAACUACGAGUUCUAGCGAAACUACGUCGACUGCAAGCCCAACAGUUACAGAAACUACGAGUUCUAGCGAAACUACGUCGACUGCAAGCCCAACAGUUACAGAAACUACGAGUUCUAGCGAAACUACGUCGACUGCAAGCCCAACAGUUACAGAAACUACGAGUUCUAGCGAAACUACGUCGACUGCAAGCCCAACAGUUACAGAAACUACGAGUUCUAGCGAAACUACGUCGACUGCAAGCCCAACAGUUACAGAAACUACGAGUUCUAGCGAAACUAAGUCGACUGCAAGCCCAACAGUAACUGAAUCGACGAGUUCUAGCGAAACUACGUCGACUGCAAGCCCAACAGUUACAGAAACUACGACUUCUAGCGAAACUACGUCGACUGCAAGCCCAACAGUUACAGAAACUACGAGUUCUAGCGAAACUACGUCGACUGCAAACCCAACAGUAACUGAAUCGACGAGUUCUAGCGAAACUACGUCGACUGCAAGCCCAACAGUUACAGAAACUACGAGUUCUAGCGAAACUACGUCGACUGCAAGCCCAACAGUUACAGAAACUACGAGUUCUAGCGAAACUACGUCGACUGCAAUCCCAACAGUAACUGAAUCGACGAGUUCUAGCGAAACUACGUCGACUGCAAGCCCAACAGUUACAGAAACUACGAGUUCUAGCGAAACUACGUUGACUGCAAGCCCAACAGUAACUGAAUCGACGAGUUCUAGCGAAACUACGUCGACUGCAAGCCCAACAGUUACAGAAACUACGAGUUCAAGCGAAACUACGUCGACUGCAAGCCCAACAGUUACAGAAACUACGAGUUCUAGCGAAACUACGUCGACUGCAAGCCCAACAGUAACUAAAUCGACGAGUUCUAGCGAAACUACGUCGACUGCAAGCCCAACAGUUACAGAAACUACGAGUUCUAGCGAAACUACGUCGACUGCAAGCUCAACAGUUACAGAAACUACGAGUUCUAGCGAAACUACGUCGACUGCAAGCCCAACAGUAACUGAAUCGACGAGUUCUAGCGAAACUACGUCGACUGCAAGCCCAACAGUUACAGAAACUACGAGUUCUAGCGAAACUACGUCGACUGCAAACCCAACAGUAACUGAAUCGACGAGUUCUAGCGAAACUACGUCGACUGCAAGCCCAACAGUUACAGAAACUACGAGUUCUAGCGAAACUACGUCGACUGCAAGCCCAACAGUAACUGAAUCGACGAGUUCUAGCGAAACUACGUCGACUGCAAGCCCAACAGUUACAGAAACUACGAGUUCUAGCGAAACUACGUCGACUGCAAGCCCAACAGUAACUGAGUCGACGAGUUCUAGCGAAACUACGUCGACUGCAAGCCCAACAGUUACAGAAACUACGAGUUCUAGCGAAACUACGUCGACUGCAAGCCCAACAGUUACAGAAACUACGAGUUCUAGCGAAACUACGUCGACUGCAAGCCCAACAGUAACUGAAUCGACGAGUUCUAGCGAAACUACGUCGACUGCAAGCCCAACAGUUACAGAAACUACGAGUUCUAGCGAAACUACAUCGACUGCAAGCUCAACAGUUACAGAAACUACGAGUUCUAGCGAAACUACGUCGACUGCAAGCCCAACAGUAACUGAAUCGACGAGUUCUAGCGAAACUACGUCGACUGCAAGCCCAACAGUUACAGAAACUACGAGUUCUAGCGAAACUACGUCGACUGCAAGCCCAACAGUAACUGAAUCGACGAGUUCUAGCGAAACUACGUCGACUGCAAGCCCAACAGUUACAGAAACUACGAGUUCUAGCGAAACUACGUCGACUGCAAGCCCAACAGUAACUGAAUCGACGAGUUCUAGCGAAACUACGUCGACUGCAAGCCCAACAGUUACAGAAACUACGAGUUCUAGCGAAACUACGUCGACUGCAAGCCCAACAGUAACUGAAUCGACGAGUUCUAGCGAAACUACGUCGACUGCAAGCCCAACAGUUACAGAAACUACGAGUUCUAGCGAAACUACGUCGACUGCAAGCCCAACAGUUACAGAAACUACGAGUUCUAGCGAAACUACGUCGACUGCAAGCCCAACAGUAACUGAAUCGACGAGUUCUAGCGAAACUACGUCGACUGCAAGCCCAACAGUUACAGAAACUACGAGUUCUAGCGAAACUACGUCGACUGCAAGCCCAACAGUUACAGAAACUACGAGUUCUAGCGAAACUACGUCGACUGCAAGCCCAACAGUUACAGAAACUACGAGUUCUAGCGAAACUACGUCGACUGCAAGCCCAACAGUAACUGAAUCGACGAGUUUUAGCAAAACUACGUCGACUGCAAGCCCAACAGUUACAGAAACUACGAGUUCUAGCGAAACUACGUCGACUGCAAGCCCAACAGUAACUGAAUCGACGAGUUCUAGCGAAACUACGUCGACUGCAAGCCCAACAGUUACAGAAACUACGAGUUCUAGCGAAACUACGUCGACUGCAAGCCCAACAGUUACAGAAACUACGAGUUCUAGCGAAACUACGUCGACUGCAAGCCCAACAGUUACAGAAACUACGAGUUCUAGCGAAACUACGUCGACUGCAAGCCCAACAGUAACUGAAUCGACGAGUUCUAGCGAAACUACGUCGACUGCAAGCCCAACAGUUACAGAAACUACGAGUUCUAGCGAAACUACGUCGACUGCAAGCCCAACAGUUACAGAAACUACGAGUUCUAGCGAAACUACGUCGACUGCAAGCCCAACAGUUACAGAAACUACGAGUUCUAGCGAAACUACGUCGACUGCAAGCCCAACAGUAACUGAAUCGACGAGUUUUAGCAAAACUACGUCGACUGCAAGCCCAACAGUUACAGAAACUACGAGUUCUAGCGAAACUACGUCGACUGCAAGCCCAACAGUUACAGAAACUACGAGUUCUAGCGAAGUUACUUCGAGUGAAAUCACAACCUCAUCUCCAGUUUUCACUUGUCCAGGUAUUGGAAAAUACCCCGAUCCCUUCGAUUGCAGUAAAUAUCACAUGUGCAUAAAUGCUAUUUUCCAAAUUAUAGACAUCCCUAUUUCCUGCCCACUUAACACAAAGUAUGAUUCUUACAACAAGCAUUGCACUAUAAACCCAGUCCAGUGCCCUAACGAAAUACAAUUAGUUUGUGAUAAACCAGGCAUAUUUCCUCAUCCAACCGACUGUAACAGGUUUUACAAGUGUAUUUGGAGGUUUAUUAAAUUCGAUUUUGAAUUGAAACAAUACAGAUGUCCUCCAGGACACGCAUUUGAUGCAAAGAGAAAGUUUUGUGUUCCUUCGAAACAAUGUAGACCUGACCACGGUUCCUUCAAUUGUAUGCAAGUUGGCCGGUUUCCGUUUGAAACCAGUUGCAAGAAAUAUUACGAAUGUAAAAUCGUUAAUGGUGUGAUUGUUAAAGAGAUUAAAAUUUGUGACUUAUUUAAAUUAUUUGAUAGGGAAUUAGGGAGAUGUCGCAGUGAAUGUCUUGUAAAGAAUUGUCCGUUUGAUUAAAAUAUAGAUAAAGCAAA